CGAGAGUCUCGCCUAUGUGGGUGUAUAGCGUUGUUCACCAAUCAGACCCUCCCGAUUCCCUGGGGCCCCUGGCUGGGCGGCUCCAGGCGUGAUGCCCGUCCAUGAUGGCCCGCACUCACAAGACAGCAGCAAGCGUCUGUUAUGUAGCGGGCAUUUUGAUCUCAGCAGGUGCAGGCUGGAAGAUCUUCCGGAGUGCUCUGGCAAUGAUGGCUAGAAUGUGUGCCCACAACAAUAGCCCAGCAGCAGCAGAGAACUGGUCUUGAUCUUUGGGCUGGGCUCUCACUAUAGUAUAAAGAUGAGUCCAAGUGCCGGCUGCUAGACACUUCGUAUUCAAGCACAAUGAGUCGAGGGGAGACUCCCGGGCCUCACGUCGCCCCAUCCAUCGCACAUAGGCAGGGACGCAGGAGCACCACGUACCUCACGCUGUCCAACGUGUAUGCAGCUCGUUCGGUCGGCAGCCGGGCGAGGAUUACUGGUGCUCCCAAGCGUGCGUCACUGUUCCUCGCAUUCACACAGACGAAUCUCUUCUCCUGGCCGCAGUCCCUCGGGCACGAACAAACGAACGAACUGCCGACUGACCGCACGCAGGAGCAGAUAUUUAUCUCUGAAGAACCGCAUCAGGUGAGGCACGCCGUGGCGACCGGAUCCCUCAGAGACGCCACCCGCCACAAGCAGGCCUUAGACGACCCCCGUCCGUUUCGUCCUUUGUUUUGUAGUAUCGCAAGCACGCGAAGCCAAAGCUUUCGAAGCAGUUGCCACCUGCGCCCGUGUUUGGGUGGUACGACGUGAGGCCGGUACGCCGCAUCGGUACAUCCAGCC